GGUGAUGUUAACGUUUCUCUGUCGUAUGAUUUUGAUCACGAAUCACAGGAUCAGUUCAUAUUAUAUGUUGAGUUAUACAGCACUGCUGAUAAUGAGACAAUUUAUGAUACAUCGCCGAUUAUCGUUAACUUGAUUGACGAGAAUGAUCACUUGCCAAUUUUUACAUCAGCUCCGAAUCAAGUUGUGAUACCAUUGACCACACCUCCUGACACACCUAUUCUCACCGUUACGGCAACUGAUGAAGACUCUGGAUCUAAUGGCGGCAUCCUGUAUUACCUUGACUCCACCCAGUUGGGCUUUCAUGUGGAUAGGCACAGAGGAGUAAUUACGACAACUAACUCUACUCUAAGAUCAGGUGACUAUUACAUGACAUUAACUGCCAGUGACAGAGGCAGUCCGCCUAAAGACAACUCUAUAAAUAUUACAGUGUCUGUUCUCCAAAGCACCUCUCCAUUUAUUAUCUUUACGGAGAACUUCUAUUCGUUUUCAAUCCCAGAACAUUCACUGCCUCCAUUGCCAGUCGGAACUGUUAUGAUUAAUGAAGUCAUUAAUCAAACAUUUGGUACUAACGAUAUCUUGUUCUCAUUCCGCUCGCCUCAUUCCUGUUUCAAUAUAAACUCAAGUACAGGAUCUAUUACCCUAACGUGUUCUAUUGACGGAGAAUUGACUUCAUUCCAUGAUUUGGUAAUUGUUGCAACAGGUCCAAAUGGUAUAAUGGCAGAAGUAAGAGCACGUGUUAAUAUCAGUGAUAUUAAUGAUCAUCCUCCAUUGUUUGAUAAAGACACAUACACUGUGGUUAUUUAUACUAAUUAUAACGAUACUAGCAUGAUACUAACACCAUUAGUGAGUGAUCCUGAUCAAGGGAUGAACGGAAUCAGUAGAUUUAGCAUUGUUGAUUCUAGUAUCAGUAAUCUCAUUGAUAUCGAUCCUAAUUCUGGUCAGAUAUCACUGAUUUCAAUCAAUGGAUCACUACCACAAGGCGACUAUAAAUUCACCAUUAAAGCAAAUGAUUCCUUAAACUCAUCAUUGAGCAGUACAGCUGUAGUUUUACUUAGCAUCAUAGAACCUUCUCCUAAGAUACUAGAGUUCUCACCUUCUUCUCUUGUAUUUUCAGUACCAGAAAACAGUCCAGGCGGAACUGUGAUUGGUGUGCUAGAGCUAAUAACUCCACAUUCACUUGAUCCUAGUGAAUACUUGGGGAAUCUACAGUUUGAGAUAUUAAGUGGUGAUAAUAUUGAUUACUUUCAUAUUGUUGAUUCUAACGCGACGCUAAUCCUCGUCAACGAUCUCCUUGAUCGAGAAGAGAUGGAAUCACAUGUUAUAUUAGUCCGUGCUUCAUUUAUCGACUAUAAAGUAUCUACUAGUUCAUUCAUUACCGUAUCAGUGAGUGAUGUCAAUGAUAAUAAUCCAGUCUUUAAUCAAACAGUAUAU